GCUGCGCCGAGGAACAUGCAUCCUUCAUGUCGUGUGACCUGCGUCCUUAGAAUACAGAGCAGGAGGAGGGGAGGUGAGGAGCUGUGUACUCAGCUGGAUGAGAUGCGGGGUUGUGGCUUAUUUCUCUCAUGCAGACAGAGAAAAGAAAAUGCUCUGACAUCUUGUCCACAACAUUGCCGACUUGUGGACAACAGUAAAAGAAAACCCUCUGAACUACAGAACUUCCUGCCCAACAAACAGGCAGCACAGUCUGAGUUAAAGUCCUAUCCCGACAACAUGGCAGAAGAGAACAACAUAACAAGGUUAAGCAUGAGCUAUUUAGGACUAAAACGGUGUCACAGAAAAUUAUUGGAUGCAAUGAGGACCCUUCAACUGGUUGACCCUCAAUGGGGUCAGAUCUCUAUAAGCUACAGAUUUAUGAGUCAAGCGAAAGAUCCACCACUCACUGCCGAAAGGUACAGAGUGUCCCGUCUGCCUUUCUCAGAAGUCUCACCGGAAGAUGUCCGUCAGUUUCAAAAAAUAAUUCCUGGUAGAGUUAUCACCGAUGAAGAUGACUUGAAAGUACAUAAUAUUGACUGGUUACGCACUGUAAGAGGACAUAGCAAAGUACUUUUAAAGCCCCGGACUACAGAAGAGGUUUCUAAGAUCCUGAAGUAUUGUAAUGAAAGGAGCCUGGCUGUAACACCUCAGGGAGGAAACACAGGCUUAGUUGGAGGCAGUGUCCCUGUGUUCGAUGAGAUCCUCAUCUCCACCACCCUCAUGGACCAGGUGAUCAGUUUUGAUGAUAUUUCUGGUGUCCUAGUAUGCCAGGCUGGUUGUGUUUUAGAUUCGCUGAACCAGUAUCUUGGAGAACGGGGUUACACAAUGCCACUAGAUUUAGGAGCAAAGGGAAGCUGUCACAUAGGGGGAAACCUGGCCACAAAUGCUGGUGGUCUCAGACUUCUGCGGUAUGGAUCCCUACGAGGGACAGUCUUGGGAAUAGAAGCGGUUCUUCCUGACGGAUCAAUUCUGGACUGUCUCAAUUCCCUGCGCAAAGAUAACACAGGCUAUGAUCUAAAGCAGCUGUUCAUUGGCUCAGAAGGAACUUUAGGCAUUAUAACUGCUUUAUCAAUUAUGUGCCCACGCAAACCCAGUGCAGUAAAUGUGGCCUUUUUAGGAUGUGAAGAAUUCAGCAAAGUUUUGCAGGUGUUUACAUUGUGCAGAGAUCAACUUGGAGAGAUUCUGUCUGCCUGUGAGUUCAUGGACUCGGAGUCUAUGAGGAUGGUGCAAACACAUCUAAAACUUGUUAACCCUUUACCAGACAAUGAAUUCUACGUAUUGGUAGAAACCUCUGGAUCUUAUGGAAAGCAUGAUGAGGAGAAACUUAAUAUAUUUCUGGAGAAGGCAGUGGACUCUGGAUUUGUGACAUCGGGGACUGUAGCUACAGAUCAGGGUAAAAUAAUGUCCCUGUGGGCCCUCCGGGAACGUAUCACAGAGGCUUUGGCCCAUGAUGGUUAUGUCUUCAAAUAUGACCUGUCCGUACCCGUGGAGAAACUGUAUACACUGGUGGAAGAAACAAGGGCUCGCAUAGGGUCUGCUGCUCAAUGUGUCGUUGGUUAUGGACAUUUAGGUGAUGGAAACCUGCAUUUAAACAUCACGGCAAAGUCGCACAGUGAGGCCUUACAGUCAGCCCUGGAGCCUUUUGUGUAUGAAUGGACAUCUAAACACAGCGGCAGUAUCAGUGCUGAGCAUGGACUUGGAUUCAAAAAGAGGGACCACAUUUAUUACAGCAAAUCCAGAGGCGCAGUGCACGUUAUGCAGCAGAUUAAACAUAUGCUGGAUCCAAAUGGCAUUAUGAACCCAUACAAGACUGUGCCUGCAGCUGACUGAUCAAACCACUGACAUCUAAACAAGCAGUAAAACUGGUUAAAGGAUAUGAUAAAAUUAGUUGACAGUUUUAUAAUUCUUUCCCAAUAUUUUUACUUUUUUUUAUAAUGUAUAGAAACAAUCAUUGUAUAUAACUUGUAUAGUGAAAUAAAAAAUAUAUAGCAAUUCUGACUGUAUUGGUGACCAUG